AGUGUUGUCGGUUGUCAGGACGAUGUGACAUAGUUUGCGCUGAAUGGGGGAGGAACUGAGACAACUGUCUGGCGUCUCCAUGACUUUGUCCCAGAAAGUGACCAUCCGCUACGGUCCCUAUGAAGCGAAUGGAGUGGUGGACUACAGGACCUGGCGGCUCAUCGGACUCCAGACCAUGCUGGAUGUUGAAGGUCAUCAGUGGGUCCUUGAACAAUCUCCUGACUGGAACGUUGUGGAACUAGUUGUGAGAGGAGAGGUUGUCUACACCUGUGACAUAAAAGACCUUGAUUUUGGAGGAGAUGGGAAGCUGGACCCACUCUGCAAGGCAGCGGUGAAAGCUGUACGACAAGCCUAUUGACCAGCUUCACUGAGGGAUGAAUCACUGCUUCUCGACACUUCACAUGCUUCUCCCAUCGCUGCCAAAUAACAUAAACUCCUCUCUGGGAAUUAUCAGCUUCUUGAAGCAGAGCUGAAUGUAAUAGUUCUGUGUUUUACUCUUUAAUCAGUAUAAUAGAAUUAAAUAAAGUCACUUCAUCCAUA